AUGGAGGAGCUCAACGACGCAGCCACGGCCGCAGCGGUCGGCGAUGCCUGGCGACUCUUCUCUCAAUUGCGGCCCUUGGUAACAGCGAAGAAGAGGCGGAUGCUUUGGAACACGAUGCUGAAGGCCUAUGCCAAUGCGGGAGAAGCAGAGAAAGCCAAAGACUUCUACGACUCGAUGCUGGGUGCCCAGAUUGCGCCCAACAUGAAAACCUUCGGCAAAUUGAUGGAGGCUGCAGCCAAGAAGGGCCAGGUCCAGACAGCGAGGUUUUGGAUGCAAGAAAUGGGUGCUGCUCAUGUGGGCACCAUGGCCUACAAUCAGCUCAUCACUGCAGCGGCCAAUGCACAUGACCUGCGGGCGGCAGAGGCAGUGUACAAGGAGAUGGAACUGCAGGUGACGCCAACUGUCAUUGCCUACAACAGCAUUUUGAGCGCAGCAGCGAAGACUGGGGAUUUACCCGCAUGUGAGCGAUGGUAUGAGAAGCUGUUAUCCAGGCACCUGGAGCCCAGUAGCUUCACAUUCACGACCCUGAUCAGUGCUGGAAAGUACGCUCCAGAUGGCCUCUCCUGGGCAAAGCGAUGGCCGUGCACCAGCUUGGAGGCAUAUCAUGCUUUCAUCGAUGUGGCCGCGGCACAGCAGGAUCUCUCGACGGCCGAGGCUGCCUUUCAAGCGCUCAAGGAGGCUUUCAAACCCACAGUGAUCUCGUACAACAUUUUGAUCUUGGCCUGUUGUCGCUGCGGCAACUUGCCUGCUGCCCAGCACUGGCGGUCACAGAUGGCCAGAAAUGCAAUUGAGCCCAAUGAGGUGACUUACAAGACCCUCUUGCAGGCAGCAUGUGGCUCUUCAGGGUCAGUGGAAGAAGUAAAGGACUUGCUCGCGGAGAUGUCCAACAAAGACCUGGACAUCGAUCUGCAGACGACCAACAUCUUGGCGGAUGCGGGCGUCGCCAAAGAGUGGCUCUCCACGAGGACCUUGGAAUCCUUGGAACGCGACGUUUAUAGCUUCAAUGCCAAGAUAAAAGCAGAAGUGGCACGUGGAGACCUCUCAGGUGCUCAAGAGACUUUCAAGCAGCUGGUACGAGAGGUGAAUCCAGAUCUCAGCACCUUUGGCCUGCUGAUCAAAGCCUUUGCCAAAGUCAAUGACCAUGAGAGAGCGUUGCAAUGGUUCCAGGCCAUCAAGGACUUCAGAUUGAAACCAUCAGUGCUCCAAUACACCCAGCUGCUCCAGAGCCUGGGUGGAGAGGCCCAGAGUGGUCCCGGAAGAGCUGCCAAGUGCGAGUUGAUCCUGCAAGAGAUGUUGGCCGAUCACAUCCAACCAACUCAGAUUACAGUGAAGGUCCUGACCCAAGCUCUCGGGCGCUUGUCUGCCAACCGCCUUUUGGACGAUCUGGCUGUUGACCAAAGCGCCUUGCCGCCCUUGGCAUUCGCAGAUCAGCAGAAGCGAGCAGUGGAUGGUGCUCAUCGCCAAGCAGCGGAGCAUCGGAAGAGGGUCAGCUACCUGGCGCCCAACCGAAAAAGAGGGAGAACAUUGGAGAAUAAUUGA